CGAUAUACAUUGAAGCAGGCGCUUAUCGGCUAAUGAGCAGACUUGUAAACUUUCGCUUGAAAGCAGCAUAGCCAGCGUGUAUCCCCCCAAUUGCAGGUUCCCAGAAUGGGUAAAAAGCAACCAAACCGCAACGACCUCCCCCUCCAUAAGAUAAUUAUGGUAGGGUCAGGAGGUGUCGGAAAAUCCGCAUUAACGCUCCAAUAUAUGUACGGCGACUUCAUUGAGGAAUACGACCCUACAAAAGCUGAUUCGUAUCGAAAGAAAGUUGUCCUCAACUCGGGUGGCACACAAACCGAAUGUUUCAUUGAUAUCCUUGACACGGCCGGUCAAGAAGAGUAUGCGGCGAUCCGAGACAACUACUAUCGUUCUGGGGAAGGUUUCCUUUGCGUAUUUUCCAUUUGCGAGCAAGAGAGCUUUGCUCAUACCCAAGAAUUCAGAGAUCAGAUUUGUCGAGUGCUCGACGAUGAGGAGGUACCGUUUGUCUUGGUUGGGAAUAAGGCCGAUUUGGCGCACCUUCGGAAAGUCCAACCACGAGAAGGGGAGGCUAAAGCAAGAGAGUGGGGAUGUCCAUACAUUGAGACGAGUGCGAAAACUAGACAAAAUGUGGAAGAAGCAUAUCAGAUGUUGAUGUCAAAGAUUAGGGAUCGAAAGGAGGCAAAAGGUGGAGGAAAAUCAGCCGGCGGAGGCAAGGCAAAGAAGGGGUGUCUGAUUUUGUAGAAAGGGCCGGGGGGCAUGAGACGGUAGUGAUUCAUAGAAAGUGUACCAUACGGAUCUUGAAAUGUUCAAAGUUGACUCUUUCGCCAUGAUCAGCUAUUUGAACUUGGAUAUACGUACG